AACAACUCUGCAGGGAAGAAAGAGAUCAUAUAUUACAUAUUUGGCUAUUAAUAACAUUAGGGGUUUACCAUGUUUACAUACAGGGGCGAAGAUGAAAAAAUAGUUCGCUUUUCUAGUGUUUAUAUUGAGUAGAUUAACGAAAUGGUUCUAUCAGAAUUUAACCAUUUAUAAACUUCUCUAAAAAUACUCUUCCGUCCUGUCAAAUGCUUUCGUUUUGUGUAUUUAAAAUACAAAGAGCACGAAUAUGUAAGGAUCUGGAAAUAGGUCCAUCACCGCCAUUUUCAUCGAUUUGUGUUUUCAUGCUCUGCUGAUUGCCUCGGAUUUCUUCCUUAAUACGCAGCAAUAUAGGACUUUUUCAUCGCUUUAAUAGUGAUAUCAGAAGAUGCAGGAAAAAAGUCUCAAAGAUUUGAUUAUUGAAAAUAAAGGGAAAGAAGCAGCAGCAUAUCCCAUGGGAAAAUUGGUUGUGGUUGUUGCCAAAGUUGGACACACUGCAAACUUCACUGGCAGCAGUGGAACGAAAGGAAGCAUGUUGAACUUCAGCAUAGCUGAUAAAACGGAUUGUAUGCUGGCCACAUUGAGUGACAAAAACCAGAUGAUGAAGAUCAGAGAAGGCAAAACCAUGCAGUUAAGAAAUUUCCUAGUGAAAGGAAAUAGGGUUGUCUUAUCUACCCAUUCAAAGAUCAUGUGUGCGCCACAUCUUAAUCUGACGAAAGAGCAGACAGAUAAAGCUGUGCUGCUCAUAACACCAACUUCACCUUCCAAAACAAUUAGAGAGGCUCUGGAUAUGCCCAUAAGGGGUAUUUUAUCAGUACAGGGACAGGUUAUUCGGGAUGAGGCAGUAAAACUUGUUCAAGUAGGCCAACAAGAAACCAAAAUAAGAACUGUUAGCUUAAAAGAGCAGGGACACUCCAUGGAGGUGACUCUGUGGAGAAACCUAGCAGAAACCGACUUAAAAGUUGGAGAUUUCGUAGAAGUUACUCAUUGCCUAGUGUCUGAAUGGCAAAAAAAGAAAUCCUUAAACACAACCAGGAAUACUGUCAUCAAGAAAGUAGAACCAAGGACCCACAUGAUAAAAGGAAAGGUUGAGGCAAUUUCUGUCUCAAAUGAAGACAUUGAAAUUUACGUAAUGGAUGAAGACAAUGUCAGUCAAGACAUUAGGAUGGAUGUUGAAACUCUCAGAGGAGAACUGUUAAAAAAAAAUGAAGAUGUCGCGAUUUUCAAUGCAGAAGAAUUGGAAAAUUUCUGUAUUCAAAUCAUACCAUUUCAAAUCGAGGCAACCCUUAAUGGAUCUGAUGUACAAAUGUUUGCCUUGAUUUAAUUACAACAUCUAUCAUUUGUCCAAAAAUUAACAAAGUUUUUCUUUUCAUUUCUUUUGGGUUACAUUCUUCCUGUUUUAUACAGUUAUUUUCAUUAUUGUUAUAAAAAAUUGAUAUCAAGUCAAUUCAGUUAUAAAAAUCAGUAAAAUGUUUUUUUGAUAAAGAUUUGUAUGCAGUUAUCUCGUUAAUGUUAACACUAUUUUCAACUUCUUAUCUUUAAUGUACCACCGGAGUGUUUCCUGUAUGCAUGGUCAUAAAUCCAUUGUCAUGGAAAUUUUUUAGUUCUUAGUGUAUAGUAUUAGUCUUCUGUAGACAGUACCAUUUUAAUAACCAAGUACAUGUACAUUAUGAGACAUAAGUACAUACUUUUGUUUGUUGGUAAAAAAUCAUUACUUUCCUCUUGAACUAAUGCCAUGGAAUUUUUCAAACUAAAUAUUUGUCACUAAUUGUAAUCAUAUCUUCUGUGCCAAUGAAAGACACAAGUCAAGUCUUUUGUGUUAUCAUAAACACAACUUGUUAUUUACUGUGCCAAAUUAGAACACAUUUCUUGUAGAUUAUAACUUUGUGUUACCUAUUAUUUAAACACAAAUGCAAUUGCCAUGUAAUAUGCCUUGUAACAUGUGGCAUUAAGCUUAAGUGAACUUAUCACUUAGAACAAAUUGCAAUCCAUAGAGGGUAAAUUCAUUAGAUAUUCUUAAAAUUAUUUCAAUCGAUUUUUAGCAUCUAAUCCUCACAGCAUUUGUCACUGAUCAAAUAUAGUUGUUUGAUGUUGAGUCUGGUAUAUGUCUCUGAUUGUAUAUGGUUGUGAAUAAGUUUGUUUGAUCAAUAUAUUCUCACUAAACAUUUAGAAACAAGUUGUGUAUAUUUAUUAUGUUAGUUGCUCAUUGUUUUAUUGCAAUUGCAUUUUAUGUACUGGACCAAUUUUGUUUAGCAUACAUUGCUUAGGCAAAUGCUGUUUAUAAAUGCAACAGUUCAUAUUGUUUUGAUAUGGUACCAAUUGCAUGUGUUCAGGGUGUUUCAUGAUAUUUUAACAUUGUAUAGCAUUUCCUUUUUGUUUCUUGCCGACUUUCUUCAUUAUAUUUAGAUACCCAUACAUUUUCUUCAUAAUUUGUCUACACAUCUUAUAUUCUAUCCUUAUAUCAUUGGUAAAUAUAUUGUUUUAUACAAAUAACAAGAAAAAUACAACAUAACCAUGCAUAUUUUAACAUUGUUAUCAAUUUAGAUUUGUUUCCAUACAUGUAAAUAAUCAUUUCUCAUUGUUUUGUGCACAUCAUUUAAUCAUAUCCACUGGUAUUCAUUUAUUCAGAGACAUUAUCUUGUUUUUUGUUCUUGUUUUUUUUAUAAUUCUGUCAAAACCUUGAAAUACAAUUACUGGUUGAAAUAUCUGAGGAUUCUAAAGACAUCAAUGUAUAUUUUUGUAAUUGCAUGCAAUAUUGCUAUAUAGUAACCCCCCCCCCAAAGUAUGCAAAUAGCCAUUAUAAUUUUUUCUUAUUGCAUUUACAUAUGACAUAAUUAUAUUUUGUUCAUGUUACCAAAUUGUGUUCAAUGACUUUUGAAAGAAUUCAACAUAACAUGUUAAAAAAGUAUGUUUUUUUACAACAACAAAAACUCCUUCCAAUAUUUUCUUAUUGUAUUUACAUAUGAUAGCAUAAUAUUUUGUGUAUGUUACCAAAUUGUGUUCAGUGACUUUUGAAAGAAUUCAACAUAGCAAUGUUAAUAAAAAUAUGUUUUUACAACACAACGAAUUGUGUUAUUUUAUAUAU